AUCAAUCAAUUAGUCAGCCAGCCAGCCAGUCAAUCAGCCGAGGAAGAAAAUUAUAAUGAAACCAAUUAUGUCGCGAGUUGUAAUGUCCUUUAUGAUUUAUUUAAUCGCUGCUGCUGUGGUGGUGAACUGUGAUGAAAAGAACAUAAAUAAAUUGCUUAAUAAUCAGGUCAUUGUUAGUCGUCAAAUUAUGUGCGUUCUGGAAAAGAGUCCUUGUGAUCAAUUAGGACGACAACUAAAAGCUGCUCUACCUGAGGUAAUUGUACGUAACUGUCGCAAUUGUUCACCCCAGCAGGCACAGAAUGCCCAGAAGUUGACAACAUUUUUACAAACGAAAUAUCCCGAUGUCUGGGCCAUGCUUUUAAGGAAAUACAAGACAUAAAUUAUAAAUAAAUAAAU